AACUCUGGGCAACUCCUCUUUUAGCGUUUCUCGUUUGCAUGUAUAUAUAUAUUUUUUUUUACGCGCUUCUUGCGUAUUUCAAGUGUAUAAAUAUAGGUACUGAAUAGUUUCCCUUUUUGGCAUGCAAAUCAAUUGUUAUUUGCUCCCCCCUCUCUGAUCUCUUUAGCUAUUAUUGCGACACGUCCCAGCUUCUUUAGGAAGUGUCGUUUCCUGUGCACGACGGGGAAAAAAUGAGGCUGAACAAACACUCGGGACGAAUUCUUGUUAUGCAAAGAAACACCUUGCAUCAAAUCGCCGCAGGCACCACUUACUAUCAAGUCUACAACACAAGGCUACAGAAGAUGAGGUAUUUGUCAAAUGGUGUCCUACCUGAAGUGGAAGAAUCUGGUCUGUUUGGUAGGCAGAUGACAGCAAAACUGAACGAAAGACAGAAGGCAGCCAGGGAUAAGUUCCUAGAAGCUGAAAAACAAUGGGACAAGUUAGUUAAAUGGGACCGUCUGAACAAAGAUGAAAUUAAAAUAGUUAAAGCUCACAAACAAGCAGUUAUGAAUGGGCAUUUCACUUAUGAUGACACCAACCUUAAUAAGAAGGUAAUGACAAGAUUACGUCAUUUCCUCAGAGGUUCUUGCUGUGGAAAUGCCUGUAGGCAUUGCAUUUACAACCACAGCAGUGUCCCUGAUAAUCUCAAAGGUACCAAGACUUUCAAUUCAGCUUUUUGGGCUUGAGAUCAUAUCAGGAUUUGGACAGAAGAGACGACAGUUUAGCAAUUAUCUGUGGUUGUAUAGUAUAUCAUAUUUUUGACUGCCCAGCUGUAUUUAGAACAAAUUAUGUCCAAGAAUGAAUAUACGCAAAGAUCUAUUGCA